AUGCGAGUCCAAGAUCCCAGGGCACUCAUUUUCUUUGGUACAAGUGCAUUCCACUGGGUUAAAGCGGUAAAAUACAUCAACACGCCGAUCUUUGUCUCCGUGCCCACGGCCCCGUCCUCGCCACUUUCAAUACUUGACAAGUUCCAGAUGAACGAGUACAAAGUUGAUCGCUUCCAUGCCCACGAAGAAAUGCGGACAUCCAAUAUAUAUGCUGUACAGCGACAUGGCAAUACAUUUGAUACUUGUCGCUCGCUUCUUGGAAUCCACCAACUGACUCUUCAUCACCGCCGAAUCGAGCCUGUCGCCUCCGACAUUCAACAAGUCAGCAAGCUGAACAGGGCUCGAAUUAUCCAGCCUCCGGGAUUCCAAGACACUAGCCUGCUCACCCCACAGCACGCGACCUGUUUGGCCCCCAAGUUUCGCAAUCCCAUGAUAUUUCUCUCGGUCUCACUUGGAUCCCGCUUAUGA